CGCGGGGGGGGGGGGCCCGCGGGCCCGAAAGCGGCGGAGAGCCGCGGGGAGCCGCCUGCCCCCCAUGGCGAUCUUCGAGGGCUGCUCCGCCUGGGGGCCGGCGGGACACGCGUCCGCCGCUCGGAUGACAGAAAAAAAAGCUCACGAGCACUUAUUAAAUGUGGGAGCGGCGGGCCGCAGCCGAGGCCGGACCAGCUUUUGAUCCUGGCGCGGCCGCUGGCCAGAAUGCGGAGCAAGCGGCGGGGACGUCGCGGAGCGCGUCGCGAAGCACAGCGAGCAGGAGCGGAGGAAGGAGGAGGAGGAGGAGGAGGAGGAGGAGGAGGCGGAGGCGGAGGAGGAGGACCGAACCUCCCACCGCUCGAGUGCCUGCCGCAGGCAGGCGCGCCGAGGCCCCCUCGGCCCCCUCCGAACACCGGAGGGAGGCGGAGGGAGCGCCCAACAAAAGGCGGGCGAGAGAGGCGGUGCGCGCUCGCAGCCAGGGCGCGCGUGGCCCGCCAGCCAUUGGCGGUGGCGGGCGGGCGGAGCGAGGGCGGAGGGAGGGCGGGAGGCGGGAAGGGCGCCGCGCCAGCGCCAGCUCGCUCACUCGGUGUCCAUGCGGGGCCUGUGCCCGCGGGCGUCCCUAGCCUGCUGCCGGCGCCCUCCCUGGCUCCGAGGCGCCGGCCCCCUUCCCGCGGCGGCCGCAGGCGAGGCCGCAGCCCGAGGCCGCCGCGCCCGCGGCCGGCGCCGCCUCCUCCUGGACCGCGCCGUCGAGCCACUGCGAGGCGGA